AUGGCCGCGACUGCAGCUACAGUAGCACCAACAUCGACUCUCUACACGCAAAAUACCAGUCCCUCCGCCAUAUACACAUCACGAGUCUCAAACUCGACCAGUCCGACGUUAUCAGACCCGAACUACCCAUACGUCAAUCGAGUCGGCUACAACCACGGACCUGCAAUGGCGCAGACUCCUCCUUCAGCCAACGUCUCGCCCACCGAGCAGGCGACAUAUCAGACACACCAACACAUCGCACCGCCUCGGCAACUGCGCCAACCUCGUCAACCUCUGUACACCCCCGCUGCCCUGCGACCUACCGAUCACAAACAUCAUGCUCGACCUACCGAUAUUCCUCCGCGACCACGCGCACCCGACACUCCGCCGGCGAGCAAGGAGAACAGCUUCGAUAGCGGCCACAGCAAGCACCGAAGGAAGUCUCCACCUACGCUGGAGCUUCCCGGAGCAUCCACCAGCGCUGAAUCGUUCCCAUCCUCCCUCUCUUCCAGCGAAACACUCAUCAGCCCGUCUGCACCUCGACGGAGCCUGACCUCUCCUUCACAAUCCUUCUCUAACGCACCGCCGCUUCCCACAUCGCGCUCGUCCUCUGCGGUCACCGGUCCUCCUACGACCGCGCACUGGAAGCCCGAUGUCUCCGCCACUGGCUGCAACAUCUGUCAGCAGCCCUUCCAUUGGUACCUCCGCCGACGUCACCACUGCCGACGCUGUGGCCAUGUCGUCUGUGCCGCAGACAGCGCCUACCAAGUCCCACUAGACCAACACGCACGCUUCCACGUCCGUGGCGCACCGAGCCGCGCCUGCAACGGAUGCUGGGACGAGUGGCGGACGCUCAACGUGCGACGAGCGGACGUCAGCCCGAGCGCCGGCGAGCAGGAGGAAGAGGAGGAAUACGACGAUGAGGAGGACGACUCCGAAGGCGAGGAUGGCGUGCCGAGCAGGCGACGAAGCAAUGGCAAGGCACUCUCCAUCCCGACCGGCUCGCCGAACAAGACGCGUGACAUGCGCGUCGGCAGCCUGGCACGUUCCGAGGGCGGCAUGGUGUGGAGCACCUUCUGA